AUGGAGUCUUCUGCUCUCCUCCCUGCUCAGGUGUCGGGGAGCACCACCCGGGAGGCUCCCAGGGCUCUGUUUCUCUCCCGGGGCUCCGUCAUGUCGUGCUUCUCCCAGCUGUGGCAUUCCAGCACUCCGGACUCUCCCACCAGCCCGACCCCUGCCUCUCCUGGUGAAGUCCCCAUCCCCAUCAGCCCCAUCGUGGUGACCUCCCCAGGAGAUGGCAAGAGGAAGGCGAGAUCCCCCACCAGCUCCCCGGGCUCGCCCAACCCGACCUCUCCCAAGCCGACCUCCCCCGUGGAGUGCUCCAUCUGCUUCAACACCUACGACAACACCUUCAAGACCCCCAAACUGCUCCAGUGCUCCCACGUUUUCUGCCUGGAAUGCGUGGCCCGCCUGAGCACGGGGCUGCCCCCCAACCAGCCCGAGGACCUGCUGCCCUGCCCCUUCUGCAGGCAGCUCACCAACAUCCCCCAGGAAGGCGCUCCCGCCCUGGAGACCAGCAAGGAGCUGCUGGCCACGCUGCCCCCGGAGCUGCAGCGGGAGAAGGUGCUGUGGAUGGAGGGCACCAAGCUGUGCUGCCGCAGGGCCUCGGACGACGCCGAGAACCCGGAGUCCUGCAUCUCCAUCGACGUGGCCAUGAGCAAGCCCGAGAGCCCCGAGGCCCCGCCGAGGGGGCUGGCGGGGAGGUUGUCCCGCUGCGAGGUGUGCGACGACUGGAAGCGCAUCCUCCUCCUCUCCGCCCUCGUCAUCAUCCUCUUCUGCAUCAUCCUCUGGCCGGUGCAGUGCGCCCUGAAGACGGGCAACAUGCGCUGCUUCACCAGGACUGUGGCCACCAUGAGCAGGCCCGAGUACCUGCCCCCCAAACCCACCACGGCGGCGGCGGCGGCGGCGACAGAACCCCCUUUUUUCCAGUAGCGGCCCCUGGCUCUGCUCAGCUCUGCGCCCGCACCGGGGAGGAGCAGCAGGACCUGCUGCCCUGCCAGCAUUCCUUGGAUUGCUGGGCAGCCCCUGCGUCCCCUCCUGUGCCCGCCUCCGGGGGCUCUCCACUGGAAUGCUGCUCCAACCCGGAAUGCUGCUUCAAGGAGCCGCCUCUGCAUCCUGCUGCCAAACUCUCCAUGGAAACCAGAGCUGGGAAAGCCGCGGGGAGGGUUCCAGGACUGUUUCCCUCGUGUGUGUAUGUGUCGCUGCCUUGGCUAGAGACCAGGUGGCAGCGGGUGCAGUUCCUCGAGCUC